CGUGUCUCUAUCUGUGGCACUUAACAAUAAAAUUUGCUUAUUUAUAUAGACUGCUUGACGUUUUCCAUAAUUCAUUUUUGGAAAUAUCAUUUACCAAUUUGUUGAUAUUAAUAUUUUUAAAUAGUUCCUAAAAUCUGUAUCUGCGAAUGUGAUAAAUUUGAAAUAAGUUGUUAAUAUGGCUGAUGAUUUAAGAAAUUACAAAUUACAAUUGCAGCAGGUGGAAGCAGCGUUGCUGACAGAUCCACAAAAUGAGGAAUUAUUGAAACUAAAGGGAGAUUUGGAAGAAGUAAUUGAAUUGACACGCGAUCUAAUAAAAACUCAAGAGGGUGAAUCCAAAGUUCAUAAUAUUCAUAGUUCUAGUAAUGAUGAUGAUGUUACAGCUUCCCUGCUGGUCGGUGACGACGGUGAAGUUGCAGACAAGGCUAUACCAAGGUGGCAUAUAGGCGAGAAAUGCUUAGCCAAGUGGAAGACGGAUGGCAUGUUUUAUGAAGCAACAGUGGAAGAAGUUGGUGAAAGCACCCUUAAACUUAAGUUUGAUGGGUAUUCAACAUUAGAAUCUGUAUCAAUUUUAGAUGUUAAAUCGCUGGGUUCAGGGACAAAGCGUCCAUUAAGUGGCGAUGAAAGCAAGCAUGGAAAAGGUUACAAUAGAGAAUAUUUAAAGAAAAAGAAACAGAAAAAACAACAGAGGUUUAAACAAAUUGAAGAAGAGAGGGAGACGGAAAAAAAUAAAUGGCUGUCAUUUCACUCAAAGGCAUCUAAGAAAGCUGGAGUUAGAACAAAAAGUAUAUUUGCAUCACCAGACAACUUGACCGGUAGAGUAGGUAUUGGUACAUGCGGUAUAUCUGGAAAACCAAUGACUGAAUACACUCCUGGUGAAAAGUGGAAGAAAGGAGGAUAAUCUAUUUUUGUUUUAUAGUCUAAUUUUGGAUUAAGUUAGUUUUACUAUAAACUAGAUAAGUGACUACUCAAUAGAUUUUUUCUAUAAACAA